UCUCAUUCACUCAAACACAGUCGCGCUUCUCCACUCCUACUGGGCCUUCUACUCUUGCACGACAGCCCCGCCCCUCAGCCGCCGCAGCCAUGUCGUCCGCCGAGUCCGCCCCCGCAGCAGCGAGCGUGCUCGUUGUCGACUCGGGCCGCUUCACUGGCGAGGGCUCGGACCUGUCCAUCCUCUCGUGGCUCCGGCAGGCCGACCAGGCGCUCGACACGCUCCCAGUCGAGGAGAUCCAGGCGGCCGUCACGCCGAUUCACUCGAUCGUGCUCAAGCUGCUUGUUCCCGGUCCGACGACGCCGCAGACUGCGCUGCCCAAGCCUGGCCGGCCUAUCCGCCAUCUCGUCGCUCGUGUCGUGGUCAAGCUGCACAAGAAGGUCGAGAGCAGGGCCCUGUUCGACCUUAUCCAGGCGCUGUUGAAGGGCGUCUCCGAUGGCGGAAACAAGAACAUGAGCGCUGCCGAGAAUGUCCAGCGCGUCGCGAGCUGGUACACCAUCGGAGAGGUCAUAAAAGAGCACGGAGGGAACAUGAUGUCGUUCAUGGCCGAGAUUUGCACCUCGUCAAUCAAGGUGCUGCGCAACUCGAACCUCUCGAUCAUUCUGAGAAGCCAUGCAGUCUACGCCUUCUCGAAAUCGCUCUACUCUGCUGGCCGCGCGCUUCCCGACGCACUGGUCAAGGACCUGCUCAAGAACCUCCGAUCAGGCCUGCAAGACAAGGCUCUGCCUAUCCAGAGAGCAUGUGCUGACACAUUUGUCUCGCUGCACCUCUACUCCCCUGUUCUCCCGCUCCAGGCGACGCUGGAAAGCAUCUCGCCGCUGGCACUCAAGAGCCUCGAGACUGCAGACUACAUCACGCGCCGACAGCUGAGUCGCCUCGUUGCCCACUUCCUUGCCGCUACGCAAGUUCCCGGCUCUGGAGCACCAGCCCCCGAGCCCAAGAAGGCUGCGCCGAAGCGUGACUCGGAGGAGCAGGACAAUGACCCGCAGAUCAUCACCUCGGCGCCAGAGGACAAGGCCAAGGCGCUCUACACUACCGAGCAGAUGCUCAAGCAUCUCUCGUCCCACUACACCCGUCCCAACGCCCCGCGCAAGCUGAGGAACGCCAUCAUCGAUGUCUACGCCACGCUUUUCACGCAGCUGGGCUCGAGCUACGUCGAGGCCCACUACGCCGAGAUUGUGAGGCACAUCAUUGACGAGAUUGUCCUGCCGCCCCGGUCGCACAGCACGCGCUUCGAGGUCCUCGCGAGCCGCGAGGCGGCUGGUAUCCUCCUGCGCGACCUCAUCGGGCAGAGUAUGCUCUCCGAAGCGGGACAGGUCAUGGCUAUUAGAGAGUGGGCCAACACGUACCUUCGAGCCUGGAACCUUCAGCCACUGGCAGGCCAGCGAAACCCGCACAAGCUCGCCCUGGUCAUCGCCCUGCGCGAGGUCUCUGGUCUUCUGGCACAGCUUGGCAAUGCUCCUGCUCAAAUUCUCGAGCUGCUCGGCGAGCCCCUGGUCCGACUCCUGUCACACGAGUCGUACUCUGUUCGUCUGGCAACCUCGUAUGCCCUCCGCCAGUUCACGACCACCAACCCAACCCAGCUGCCCCGGCUUCUCGGCGGACUGGUGACCGAUGUCAACAAGGACCUGGGGCUCCUCUCCACCCCGACAGCACCAAAGGACCUACGGGACCGCAUUAUCGGCCGCACAUUCGCCCUCGCUGCGCUCAUCUCCGUCAGCCAGUCCCGCCCUCUCUACGUCUCGAGCGACGUCCCAUCCAAGGUCUUCGACCUUGCCGUGUCGCUGCUGAAGAAGGCGGGAGACCACGAUGUUGCCAUCGCCACGGUUGAGGUUCAGGUCGCAUGGUACCUCAUCGCCGCACUCAUGAGCCUUGGUCCUGGCUUUGUCAAGCUCCACCUCCCCCAGCUGCUCGUUCUUUGGCGUAAUGCACUCCCCAAGCCCAGCAGCAAGGACGCCGUUGUCGGUGACCGUGGCGAGGCCGAGUGGAACUUCUUGCUGCUCGUCCGCGAGUGCGCUCUCACCGCCGUCCUCAACUUCCUCCGCCACAACCAGACGCUGGUCAACAUUGACGUUGCUCGUCGUCUGGCUACCUUGUUCACCAACUCGCUCAACUUCGUCAACGGCUUUGCCACAGCGUACUCUGAGCUCCUGAGAGAGCAGGCCAACAAUCCGAACGCCCCGCCCAUCUUCUCCAUGAGGCCGUCGCUGGUCGACCGUGAGGCCAACCUCCGCCGUCGUGUGCUCCAGUGCUUCACUGGGCUCGGCGCUUCGUCUGCCACAGAGUCUAUGCAGCCCGCGCUCCUCCAGGCGGCCGUCACCGUCUUUGCCGACCCCGAGAACUAUUCUGGAUCAGCUGCCCAGGCUGCUAUUGCUGCUCAGGCAGGACAGUUCACCAAUGUUUGGCAGUCGACCGAUGGUUAUGCCUUCGGCGUUACAAGCCUUAUGAGUGCCAGAGAGCGCGAGCGCGGUGCCAGCGAAGAGGACGUCUUCCUCAACCGUGACAAGAUUGAGAUGGCUAUCGAGGGCCAGCUGUCUUACCCCAUCCCAGGAUCCUUGGAGUACGACUAUGUCGAACUGUUUGGUGCCCAACCCCUCUCCGACAUCCCCAAGCCUGCUCCGGCCCAGACGGCCGUCAUCGACGCCGGUGUUGAGCUAUUCUCGGCGCUGUUCGCUCACCAGAAUCUAGAGGGCCAGGUCCAGUCCCUCGCUACCCUCAGCUCUCACGUACGCUCGUCCAAGCUUGAGAGGAACCCAGGCCGCAGACAGGCUGUUGUCGCCAAUACGAUGGAGGCGCUACGCCGCUCCCUCAUCUCGGCAGAGUCGGCCGGUGUAAAGAGCCGUCGUACCCUCGGCAGCCCACAGGUCAGCGACCUCAUCAAGUCGCUCCUCCAGGACGCGGUGCUGGACGCGAACCCCAGCAUCCGUGGCGCCGCCGCUCAGGCUAUGGGCCAGAUCAGCAGCCUCGCUGGCAGCGCAUACCUGUCGUCGCAGGUGCAGUGGCUUGUCGACCAGGUGGUCAACAACCGUGUCCCCGACAGCCGCGCAGGAUGCGCAGUUGCAUUCGGCUCCAUCUACAGCAGUGUUGGAGGCCUCUCGGGCGGCCCCAUCCUCAAGACGAUUGUCAACAUCCUCAUGUCGCUGGCUACGGACCCUCAUCCAGUGGUUCACUUCUACGCGCUCGCUUCUCUCGUCCAGAUCGUCAACGCCGCGAACCUGUCCUACUCGCCUUACGUGCAAACGACGCUGGGCAUGAUUGCCAACAUCUACCUCCUUGAGACGCACGAGCCUGAUGGCGGCUCGCUUGGCAGUGUCAACUUACGUGGCGACCUCCCGGCGUACCAGGUGAUCUGCCGCCUCCUGCACGCACUCAUCGGCGUGCUUGGGCCCGAGCUUCAAGAGCCAGGCAAGGUGCGCUCCCUCGUCUUCCUCCUCGUCCACGAGUUCCGCGAGGAAACGGACGAAGGCCUCGAGGUGGAGGCCAUCAAGUGCGUGCAGCAGAUCCUCAUGUUCGCCCCCAACGAGGUCGAUAUCCCCAAGCUUGUGUCCGACUUCCGCGCAUACCUCGCCUCCACCCGUCGCCCGCUCAAGGUGGCGGCUAUCACAGCGCUGUACCAGAUUGUGCAGCGCGAUGCCGUCCUCAUGUCCCGCGUCGGUGGCAACCAGCUCGUCGAAGAGCUCUUUGGCCUGCUCGACAACGACCCGACCAUCGAGGGUGUCAAGGCGGUGAUCACAAGCUGGCUGAAGCAGACGGCUGCCUCUCUGCCGUCGGGUUGGAUCGACCUGUGUCAGCGUAUCAUGACGCGUACGGCUGCUGCGGCUGCCAAGGCAGCGGCACCCAAGAAGGGCACUCAACCGGCGUUUAUUGACGACGAGGCCGAGUCUCUCGGCGCCGGCACUGCCAACCAGACUUCGGCUCUGAGCUCGCGCUGGCGAACCCAGCUGUUCGCCCUGGAGUGCAUCCACAAUGUGAUCAUCGCCGUGGCGGAGGGCGACAAGCCUGAGAACUUUAACCCUGUCCUCGCUCGCCAGCUCGGCCUCAACUCGCGUGCCCUCCUCUUCUCCCGUGUGGCCGACCUCAUCCGCAUGGCCUUCUCGGCCUCAGCGGCGCUGGUCGAGGGUGUACGCCUUGCUGGUUUGACGGUCCUUCGCGACGUCAUUGAGCGUUUCGCCGCUUCGCCAGACCCAGACUUUGAGGGAUCGCUGCUGUUGGAGCAGCACCAGGCGCCCAUCGCCGCGGCACUCACACCGUCGUUCAGCGCCGACUCGACGCCAGCAGUCCUCGCCUCGGCUAUCCAGGUGUGCGCCGUGUUCGUCGGCUCGGGCGUCGUCAAGGAGGUGUCGCGUAUGGGCCGUAUCCUCAAGCUCCUGACGGGCGCGCUCACACAGAUCAAGAGUGGCGAGAUGGUGUCACUUGGCGAGGUGCAGGACCUGUCGACCAGCGCGGCUGUUAUGCUCAAGAUUUCGAUCCUCGCCGCCUGGGCGGAGCUCCAGAUUGCGUCGACAAAGCAGCCGUACCUCAUCGAGGUGAUCAAGCCGUACCGCUACCUCCUGGGCCCCUUCUGGGUUGGAGCACUGCGCGACUACGCCCAGCUGCGCACCGACCCGGAGAUGGGAGCGGGUGCCGGGCUCGACUUCAGCUCGGGGCUCGGCCGCGACGUCCUCUUGCCAUACUACGAGGCCGCUGUCCCCAAGCUGCUCCACGCCGUUGCCAUCGGCCUCGCCGCCAAGGACCCCUUCGUGAUCGGUGCCGUCGACGGCCAGACCUUCACCUCGGACGUCCAGCCCAAGGCCGAGACGGCUCCCGCCAUUCGCCUCGAGCCGGCCUCCACCUUCUACAUUCUCUACGGCCUGGCAUUCGAGACGCUAACCCGCGCGAUGGGCAGCGACCCCGUCAUGGCAGGCAUUGCCCUGCGAGCGAUGAGCAGCCUCGUCCACCCGCAGCUCUCGGGCACGACCGUGUUUGACGGCGCAUUCUUCGACGAGAUGAUCACCAUCUGCUACCGCAUCGCCAUGAGCGAGGGCGCAACUGUCAAGGGCGACAUGGUGGACCUCGUGGCCAACUUUGCCGUCAGUCGCAAGGGCACCGUGGGUGUCGACGCCGCGCAGAUCCGUCGCGCGCUGGCCGUCAUUACGUUUGUGUUGAGACAGACGAUCCCGUCGCCCAACUCGCCGUCGACAUUCUCCCCGUCCGAGUCGACCGCGGACCGGGCGGCAUUUAUCAAGUCGGGUUUCGUGGCCUACUCGCGCGUCGUCGACGUCAUGGACCUCGGCCAGCGGGCCGACUUGUCUGCCGUCGCAAUCCAUCUCUUCACCGACCUGCUUCGCGACGAGACACCGAAUGCCGACCUGGCUGGGUCGUGCCUGCCGUCUCUCAAGCUCGUUCUGGACCAGACCUUUGCCGGUCAGGUGCCGGCCAUCACGGCGACGAGCGACCGCGUCGUUCAUGGCUUGCUGAGCGCGUGCCUGAAGAACAUUGACGACGUGAGGACGCGAGUCAACCCCGCGGCGAGCAUCAAGAUCAAGAACAACCUCCUCGCGCUCACCCUCAUCCUCACGACGCUGCCGCCAUCAGUGCGCGUUAGCAAGGUUGUGAUCGAGCAGGCGGCGAUUGAUCUAGGACGAUACAUGGGGUCAGCGGCUGAGCCUCCUGAGCUGGGCCUGACGGCCAUUCACUGCGCGUCAAGCAUCUUGCUCGCGUCGUUGCGACCGUUGCCAUCGAAUCCGCCUCGGCCAUCCCCGGUCCUGCAGCAUGCCGCCAUGUGCGUGCUCACCCCGCUCAUCGGCUACGUUGCCGACACGGUGGUCGCGUAUGCGUCGGCUACCAGUGGUGGGGGCGACGGGCCCGCGCCAUCGCUGGACGGUCUCAAGGAGGCUAUCCGUGGCCUGGUGGGCUGGAGUAACGGCCUGCCCGAGGAUAUCAAGCCUCGCGGCUAUGGCAUCUUGCUGCCGACUCUGGGCCUGCUGCUCGACCCGGCAUCAGCUGAAUCGUCAGCCGCACCGUCGGCAUUGCACACGCUCGCAACCGGAACGCUUCUUGCCCUCGCGCAAUCGUCCCCCAAGGCGUUCAAGGACGCGACGCAGGCCAUGCCUGAGGGCGAGCGCGCACAGCUGGAGAAGGCGAUUAGGGAAGCGAUUGGCGGCAAUGGGGCCAAGGCCUCGGCGCAGACAGCGCCAGAACGCAAGGGCAUUGAGCUUAGGAGCUUUGGAUAG